AUGGCUUCGGGUUCCACGGCCCUGGUUGGGCCUUCGGGCGGAGCAAUUGCCGACGAGUGUCGGGCCUCAAAAGUCGACGAGGGCGGCUCGAGUAACCGCAUUGAUCAGACCCUGCCGAGUUGGGACUUUGGCCGCGGCGGCCCGAGAGUCGCCGUCAGAAGCCACCAAAGUUCGUUGGACCGUCGAUAUCUGUCAUCCAACUGCAUGUUCCGUCUCUUCUGGAACAGCUCCGCCGCGCCCGCCCCACGGCCGCAGACCGGUCAAGCUGCGGCCCCGAAGCACGCAGGGGACAGAAACGCGGUGUUUAUCAAUCGAGGGGCGGAGGAUCAAUCACGAAUUGGUUGCAGUUUGGGGUUGGUGGAUGCCGCGGGUCGUCGUUCCCAAGAAGGCGUCCUGCUUCCCCCAGCUGGGGUCGAGCUGUAUGUGCCCCUUCGCUGCAUGCUUAGCCGAGCCAUUGAUAGGGGGGAGAGGAGCACGAGACUUGGAAGGCGGCGCACCAAGCCUCCGCCUCGACACUUCACCCGCAGCACCCACGCGCAUGGACGCCCAAGUCAUGUCGAUCAAAGAUACAUCUCGGACGACCUUAUGCGGUCCAAAGGAGCGAGGGCAUGGACUUUGUCGAGACAGAACACAGGCACAGCCGCACUCGGCCCGUCGUCAUGCAGUACUAGUCGCCGUGAUGCGAAGGCCGGGGCUUACAGGGCUGUUAACCUCAGAUUUCGACCGCCUCGUGGUGGGCUUGGUUCUCUUUGA